AAGCUUAAGAUGACAUGGGCUAAUGACGUGGCCAUUUCUCGCUGUUGUAUUCUCAUUUAUUAAAGUGUGGAUUUUUCAUUUUCGUGGCUUGUAUUUGAUAAAUGAUUAUAUGAUUUUUGAGAACCCUGUAUCUACUGACUAUGCUUGCCAGCAGAUCUCGCAUCCUCUAAAUCAUCCUUAGAUAAGAUAAAGAUAGGAAAAAUAAAAUGUUGCGUUGUACAGUCGAGGUAACGGUCGGCGGGAAGAAGAACAAGGCCAAAGGAUCGGAUCAAGGUCUUCUUGUCGAAUCGGGGGGCAUCCGUGUCCGAGGAUGCUGUGGCAAUCGCCUCUUUGCGACUAAAAACAUAGCGUUUCUACGGCUUUCCUCUGCCAAUGAAGCUGCUACUGGGAACUCGAAGUCGGUCAAAGGUGCUAGUGGCGGUGCUGGAGGUUCCUCCACGACUGGAAGUGGAACAAACCUGAUGAUCCAGGUGAUGCAACCCUCUGCGACUGUAUUCGGAUUGAAUGGCGAGCCGUUUGCUGUACGUCAAUUUGCAGAGCGGUGUAGCAAAGAACUACGUCUCAAAUUACGAAAUUCUGGUGGUUCCUGAUAACAACAUGUCGCGCCUAUAUUCUUGGAUCUCUUGUUGAGAACUUAGUUUUUUUAGCUGCUCUCAAGAUUAUUAUGGAGGAUGGAUAGCAGCUGCCGCACUGCAGGAGGAUAAAAUGAUCACUUACGAGUGAUCUUCAUCUAUGAUGCUUGUUGACAAGGUUAUGAUUCUUUUUGACAGCGUCAGUGUACAACCGCUAAGCGAAGUGCAGGGACUAAGUGAAGCUGGAGCUCCGGGCGAGAAAGGGAGUGAUAAAACCACGCGCCGACGCUCGAAUACCGGAAGAGAGCCUGCGCUGUCGAGUCUCUUCCUCUCCGCAGCCGGUGCGAAGAGCGCCAGCUCAACGCAGACGCGGGCGACAGCACCACUAGAAGCUGCUGAGAAAUCUUCUUCCAAGCGGAGGCUUUCUUCAUCAUUGGGGGAGAAAAAUGGUAAGUCUGUUGAUGGAGAAACCAACCAUACUUCUAGAUCGGGCUCGAAGCGUCUGAAGAGUGUCCCGACACCAGCACCAGUUCCAGCGACCGAGAAAGACGCUGAGGCACAGAAUCUUCAGAAAGUGAUAACAAUAGAGGACGAUGCCGAUGAGGAACCUGUAGUUGUGAAAGAGAAUUUGUUUUCCCUUUUGCCCGAUGAGAUCAUCGAUUGCAUCAUUUAAGGCUACAGGAAAUCCAUCUUCCGUAGCAUCUUUAUUUUUCCCGUUUUACGAUGGGAAAAUGGGGGGCCCAAGAUGCUGCUGAAGAUGGGUUUUCCCUUGGUUCUAAAUCAUUGACUUUCUCAAUGGCUCUCGCGGCCUGCAGAUUCGUCCAGUCUGCCGCUGGUUCGCGGACAUCAUGCGGGAGCGGGCACGACGGCUCACGUUGAACCUAUGUGAUGCGCGACACAUUCCCGCGGAACGCGUCUUCGACAUGUUCGCAGGGCACAAGAAUUGCCAACACUUCUAUCUCUGCCACCUGCAGCAUCGCCUCGACGUCAAAGAGAUGAUUCUCCGAAGUGGGGAUCGCUUUGGGAAGCUCCGCACACUGUGCUUAUACGGUUGUGACACCUUAACUAGUGCGGCUACGGCGAAAAUCUUCCAAGCACUGCCACAGCAAAACUCCUUGGAGCGGUACUUCUACUUUAAGUUCUUGGAAGUUGCCUACCUGCAACUGGCUAUUAGAAAACUUACAGGUAAAUGCGAAAGCCAACUUUACCUUCUGGGCUUCUAAAUUCAGAAUAACUGCUACUUGUCAGAUGGAUUUGGAAAAGCCAUCGGUUGGUUUUUAUCGUGCUUCACCUGUUUGAUUAUCGUUGGUUGAACCUUUUUGCCUUUCUGUCGUUUGGCAUCGCGUUUUUCGUUGACUUUGUGGUUGUUCUUGGUUAGGUACCCAGACUAAACUAUUACUAUUAAUUUCGACCUUCACCUGUUCUUUGUACCUAAAAACAGGCUCUGUCUUGUUGGUUGCAAUGCAGUCAGCGAAAGUGCGUUUGAGAAGGAGGGGACCGCAAGCUUGCAUUCGCUCAAAUCUUUGGAACUAGGACGAGCUGAUUCGCACAGAGAAACGGCAAAUGCGUUCACGGAUAGAGUCCUAGAUUUGCUGCCGUUUUCGGUCUCACUGCAACGGGUACUUCUCCUUGGUCAAUCGGUCGUCUCCGGGAAUGGAAUCUUCAGUCAUCGUUCCUGUGCGAACUUGAGAUUUCUGGAUUUGCGGCACAGCGGUGUGACUUCGCUUGCGGGAUUGGCAUCCUUGACCGAAUUGGAGCAACUGAGCCUGGCGUACAACACCCAACUGCGACCGUCCCAGGUCGCUUCUGCCUUUGUCGGAGAUCAGGGAGAGGAGCUUCGGCGGAGCUUGCAAGCUCUAGACUUAUCAGGAUUACUGCUACCUGCAGCAUUUCAGAGUGACCGACCGCCAGCGUUCCCGAAUCUGCGACAGCUUAGCCUAGCGAAUUGCCACGUCAUGAGGGAAGCUAGGGUGGAACUUGGAGCAGUGGACCCCGCCAAUGUUGUCAUCAACAACAACAUGAACGUUGCUGGCAAUCCUGCCCCACCAGUGCAACCGCCUGCACCAGUACAGCCGGCACGACCAGUACAACAAACCGUAGGAGUUACGCUUGUUGUCGAAAAUUUCAAUUAUGUGCUGGCUUCGCUGUCUACGUGUCCAGCGCUAGAGCACCUGGACGUUGGCGGCGUGAAGAUGGAAGCAGCUAUUGACCCAAUGUUUCUUCCCAGAGCUCGCCCAGAGUCACUACGCUUGUUGUCGGGAAUUAACGAUGAUGAGGUGGGCGACCUCCGUUUCUUCGAUGCAGCGCUACAAGCGGUGCCGGUCUUGACCUCCGAGGAAGUGCGCUCUUUAGGCGGCAAGGUGCCGGAAGUAGAAGAUCGUAGCAGGAAGCCGGCCCCUUUCAGCGUGCAGCGCUUGAGCCGCACUGUAUUCCAGACAUACCAUCAGAGGCCAUGGCUCUGGUGGAGUCACGCGACGUCCUCUUGAGAGUAGAGGAAUCACAUCUUCUUCGUAUGGCUACGCAUAUAAUGAUGAUGAUGAACAUGUGAAUAGAUACAUCUUCGGAACUGACUGUCUUUGCUUACACAUUUGAAAUUCGCGCAUGUUCUUGGUGUGACGAGACGUGGAGAGUCAAAGUGGUCUCAACGUCGAGGGAAAAAAUGAUACCGUGUGAAGUCUGAAGAGAAUUUGCUAGAAGAUCACGAUGUACGAAAAAGACUGAAGCUUCAGUGUUCGAC